AUCAGCUAUGCUUCUUUUGAUCAGAGUCUUGGGNCCAGAGUCCAGCUCCAGUCUCCUUACCAGUUUCCUGUGCACACUGCAGCUCUGUAUCAUGGAAUUAUUCAACUGCUAUUAUACUUCACUUGGGUCUGGGUUGGCCUGGUGGUCCCAGAUGAUAUGCGGGGAGAACUCUUCCUUAGGGACAUCACAGAGGAGAUGACGAACCGUGGACUUUGUGUUGCAUUUGCAGAAAAGGCUCAAGAAAUUCAUACUGAGGAUACAGUAAGCAAGAAGCUUUUUAGGGAAGGAUUCACAUUGACACGUGUUAUCAUUGCAUUUGGUGACACAUAUUCUCUUCUGACACUUGCUGUUCACAUCAUUUUCUAUACUACUUUUCAUAAUGUCUGGAUCACAACUUCUGAUUGGGAUAUCACCACAUUUCUUUUUAAGCAACUUAUGAGUUAUUUAUUCUUUGGUGGAGCAUUAUCAUUUUCUGAUNGCAUGGAUCAAAUUCUGGGAUUUAAAGAUUUUCUCAGAAAUGUUCAACCUAGAAAAUACCCUCAUGAUAUCUUUAUUCAGAAUAUAUGGGCAAUCUUAUUUGAAUGUCCACAUUUCAAUCAGUAUGAAGCCAGGGAACUAAGUCAAUGUGAGCCAAAUGGCAGCCUGAGCACACGACCUCUGCAUGUUUGGGAUAUGAGUACCUCACCCUAUAGCUCCAAAGUCCAUGCUGCUGUGUAUGCUAUUGCCCAGGUACUCCACGAGGAGCUGUCACNCAGAGUGGAAAGAUGCUCACUGGAUAAAAGUGUACUCCAUCCUCUCCCAUGGAAGCUCCAUCCAUUCUUACAAAAGGGCCAACUUGGAAAAAGCACCAAUAAGAAGAACAUUGUGAACAAGGAAUUUUCAGCAACAAAGCUUGACAUCUUUAAUUACCAGUCUCUGCAUAGUGGUACCAAAGCUCAAGUGAAAGUUGGCAAGUUUGUCUUUGAAUCUCACANUGUUCAGCAUUUUUCCCUCAAUGACAAANUCAUAACUUGGNUCAAAUACCACAAGGAU